AUGCAAGACCUAAAUGGACCCGUUGGCCAGGGUGCCCCUAAUGGCCCGGCCAACCGCUUCGGACAUGCCUCCAAGCCUUCCAACAGCGAUACCGGUUUCUCCCAUGGCGCUUUCAACUCCAACAUCUCUGGCUUCGCCGACCGACAUCCUCGGCGAGGUAACAUCCCUUCGAUCAACACUCAACCUCAGCCUAUGGUCCAGCAGGCUUCGAACAAUGGAGUAGACAUGGCUACCCCGGGGACUGCAUUUGAUAUGCAGUUCACCCCCCUUUUGCCUUCUCAGCUGCUUCUCGGCAGCCCUUUCCAGCCCGGUACACCGGCUGCUUUUGCCAGUCCCCAGUUUCAGAGCAUCCCAGGAUUUCAGCAACAGCAGGGAAACAACCAGCCGCAGAAUAGUAUCUCCAGCCCUGUGCAGCAGACCAUUUCUCCUCAGUCAUACCAAGGAAUAGUGUCUCCCUCCACUUAUGGUGCCCCUCAAUUUUACCCUCCCCAGUCCCCUACUGGCGGUUUCGGUAUGCAGGCACCUCUGCCUCCUACGUCUCCCGUCUCAAUGGGAUCCGGUGUUGUUACAGGAACCAGCCGUACCGUUUAUCUGGGUAACAUUCCUCCGGACACUGUGGCCGAGGAGAUUCUUGGUCAUGUUCGAAGUGGUCAAAUCGAGUCAGUUCGCCUUCUGCCCGACAAGAACUGUGCUUUCAUCUCGUUUCUUGACGCUAGCUCCGCCACUCACUUCCAUUCCGAUGCCAUCUUGAAAAAGCUCUGCAUCAAGGGCCAGGACAUCAAGAUUGGUUGGGGUAAGCCUUCGCAGGUCCCGACCUCUGUUGCUCUGGCUGUCCAACAAUCUGGAGCUUCACGAAACGUGUACUUGGGCAAUCUGCCCGAGGAAGUUAGCGAGGAGGAACUGCGCGAGGACCUUGGUAAGUUUGGUGCCAUUGACACAAUCAAGAUCGUUCGCGAGAAGAACAUUGCGUUUGUCCACUACCUCUCGAUUGCCAACGCCAUCAAGGCUGUCUCCCAGCUUCCCCAAGAGCCCAAGUGGCAGGCCCCUCGCCGCGUCUACUACGGAAAAGAUCGUUGUGCCUACGUUUCCAAGACUCAACAGCAGAAUGCUGCUCAGUACCUGGGCAUUGCCCCUGGAUACGCCCACAUGCUCACAGGUGCCGACCGUGACUUGAUCUCGAAUGCUUUGGCCCAGCAAUCUGUUGCUGCUGCUGCCGUCGCUACAACUGCUGGAGGUAUCAACAACCUCGGUAACCGAACCAUCUAUCUUGGCAACAUCCACCCGGAGACGACCAUUGAGGAGAUUUGCAACGUGGUUCGUGGAGGACUCCUUCACCACAUCCGUUACAUUCCCGACAAGCACAUUUGCUUCGUUACCUUCAUCGAUCCCACCGCUGCCGCUUCGUUUUAUGCUCUGAGUAACAUUCAGGGCCUUAUGAUCCACAAUCGACGCCUCAAGAUUGGCUGGGGCAAGCACUCCGGAGCUCUUCCUCCUGCCAUCGCUCUGGCUGUGAGCGGUGGUGCUUCCCGAAACGUCUACAUUGGCAACCUUGACGAAACCUGGACCGAGGAGCGUCUACGACAGGACUUUUCCGAGUAUGGUGAGAUUGAGCUUGUCAACACUUUGCGUGAGAAGAGCUGUGCUUUUGUGAACUUCACCAAUAUCGCCAACGCCAUCAAGGCGAUUGAGGCCAUCCGAGGCCGAGACGACUACAGGAAGUUCAAGGUCAACUUUGGCAAAGAUCGUUGCGGUAACCCUCCUCGUCAAAUGCAGCAGUCGCAGUCUCCUCGUGGUGAUGGUGUGUCUUCUCCUCCACCUAACGGCUCUCAGAACAGCGGUUCUCCCACAAACGGCAACACUCCCCAGCAAUCGGCUGCUCUCUUCAAUGCCAACAGCAACCCUUUGACGAUGUAUUUGAACCAGGUCUCUCACCAGGCACAGCAGCAACAACAUCACCAACAACAGCAGAUCGUUGCUCAACAAAAUGCCCUGUUUGGUACCGCCCAGCCAUCUCCUAGCGAUCUCGAUCUCGCCAUGUCCCAGCAAGUGCCUGUUUCCGGCCAUGGACAGUCAGCAAGCAUUUCGAAUGGAUACCCAGCCAACAGUGCAGCACCAGGUGCUACUACGAUUGGUGGCUUGCUAGCACCAGGUCGCGGUCAGCAUAGCAGGGCGGUCAGUCUUCCUGUGCUUGCUCCUGGAUUCGAGAAUGGUGGAAAUGCCUCCAAUGGUAUCCCCGGAGCUGAGACCGAGCAACGACGAGGUCACCAUUACCAGGCAAGCUAUGGCGGUAUGGGCUCUGGAUUUGGCCUUGCUAUUCAAGGAGGCCUGAACGGUUGGGUUGAAGAGGAAGUUGCAAACUAA